GGUUAUCGAUGUGCACGGUUCAUUUGCCUCUCUGCCUGAGGGGUCGAGUAUACGCCCCAAAUUCCCCAUCGAAACUAAUAAAUAUAAGUAGGAACUUAGUCUUCGGCACUUCCUGGCUUUUUGAUUUUUAUUCCCUCCAUGUCACUAAAUCUGUCCACAAUUCUUGUCUGCUUAAUUUGCGAGAUAUACCUCAACCCCGAGACCGUUGAGCUUACACAUACUCGUACGAAUCUCUCCAUCUUGGCAACCCCUCUAUAGCGAAGCUAUCGCAACAGAACAUAUGCCUUCAGAAGGUGUCCCGAAGUGUCAGCGUUGCCGCAGGGACCACAAAAGGUGCUCACCCGAAGUUCGGCCAUGGCCAGGGCCAAAAUGCGACCGCUGUAAAAACUAUGGAUAUGAAUGUUCGGAGAACAUGAUGGCGCGAAGGUCAUCGCAAAAAGAUCUUGAAUCUGCCCCGACGGUCGGCCGUGCUGCGGAGAGCAAACUUGGAAACUACCAGCAUGGUCCACCCCGACAACUAUUGACACGGCCAUCGCCACCGCUGGUAAUUGGUUCGUUGACAGAAACUGAAUCCCGUCAGUCUCCUUUCGUUGGGCUAUUCCUGUACCUCAAAAACAUUAAUUGGCAGACCUUGAGUUGCCCCUCUGCUGAAUUUGGGUCGGACCCAUUUGCCGCAAUGUUUCAAUCGCACGCAUGUGUCCCGAAUCUUUUUGGCCCUCCUCUUGGAAGGCGCCGAAUGUAUAUCGAAGUCUUUGCCGAAAGUGAACGGCUAAAGCAAAACUCCUCUUCACCACUACUGCCAUAUAAUCACUCGCUAGAAAACUCCGUCAUAACGGCGAUAGUAACUAGGCUACAACAAGAGCAACAUCAGAAGGCAAUGAACUAUAGUUUCGAGGAGCUGUCGAGCAGGUGCAGCAAUUACAUUCGUUACGGUAAUUACUGGAACAAAUUGAGAAUGAUGCUCAAUACCGACGAAGUGCUCCUAAUCGACCCCGCAUACUCCUUCGACAAUCCCAAUCCUGAAACCACAUUCGAGACCGCGGUGCAUAUUUGGUUAUACCGAAUCCCUGGGUUGAGGGAAUUCUGCCAGAAAUUGUCAGGGCUAUCUCAUAUGAUCUUGGAUUUAGUGCGGACUGAGCCUAACGAUCCUGUACGGGCUUUUUUGGCCACGAAGAUCUUUGAUCGCCUGAACGAGGUCCUUGGUUCAGGAGUUGCAUCGCGUCCCCAACCACCCCAACUUUCCUACGCCAUGAACAGCAACAGUAGCCACAAUAAUGGUCACUCGUACUUGGUUGCCCCCGCGAUUGACGGUUCGACCAUGCAACUUCGGGACGGAAAGCGAGAUGAUGCUUUUUCAUUUGAUGAUGCCAACCUCCAGGCCGGAUUCGGAGACGGUUAUGGUUACCAGGCUUCCUGGAGCAGUUGACCAUUCAAAAGCAGUUGCUGUCUAUUCCCACCUCCCUCACCGCUUGGCGUCCAUUAUUCAUUGCCCCGCACUCCCCCUGGUUUGGUACCUCAGUGGCUUCAUUUCCAAUUCCAGUUCCUUCAGUUUCAUUUCUCUUUUUUGAGUCUGCAUGUCCUGCUCCUCUUCCGGGCGAGCGGCCCCGAAUUCAGAACCGCCAAUUCGCUUACACCCUAAAUUUUUAAUUACUAAUUGCAUUGGUCCGUGGAUUUUAUUUAAGUUCAACUUUCGUAU